UCUGCCUGUCAGCAAAGGAUGAUGGUACAUAAAUUACAUGUCAUUCAGCUGAUACUUUUAUCCAAAGCGACUUAAAAUAAGUGCAUUUCAACCAUAAGGAUACAAACUAAAAAGGAUAGAAACAAGAAGAUGCAAUUGAUAAAUAGAAAUAAUAGCAACCAAAUACAACUGCACACAACGCCCGAUGGUGUUUUUGCAUUCGUUAGUUUCUAUUAUGAAAUAUUCAAUUAUUUUAUCAACAAAAGUGUGAUUUUGUCAGAUUAUUGGAACAUGUCAUUGUCUCUGUUAACGGAGUAAUGAUACUAAAUACCUCCGCGCAAACCUUUCUGAAUAAGAACUUCCUAAAGGGGACAUUAACAUGAGCUACCAGCAUUUUGACUUGUGCUCGCAGGAAUAAUAAACUGUUUUAGGCACAUGUGCAACUUGUUAACCUUUUUCUCUGCAAAGAAAAAAUCAAUCUGGUGUCAAAGUCCAUGCUUCACUUUUAUGACAAACUUUAUGCCAAAGUCCAAGUUUGUACUUGCACUUUAUUGCGCUCAAUGGGGGGGGGAAAAAGACUUCCAGGUAAUCUGCAUUAUUAAGUGAUAGAUUUUAUUUAAUCAGCACGAGAGCCUUUGAUUCCUAACCAGCGCCCGGGACAAUAAUUAGCCCGACCACGGUGCAUUUUAUUGUGAAAUGUGACAGAAGAGGCCCGCUUUAAAAGUGGGAGGAUCGAUCGAUUAAAAAACCCGGAGGUAACUUCUGUUCACCGUUCAUCUGGUUGGAGACGCAUCCAUCCCCCCUCGAUCCCCCCCCACCAGACCCGCAGCCAUGCAGAACCCCGCGGAGAGGAGCUCGUUCCUGGUGCUGGAGAACUUCAUCGGAGGGAAGUUCGUGGCCUGCGGGAGUCACAUCGAGUCGUACGACCCGUCCAUCGGGGAGGUGUACUGCAGGGUGCCGGACAGCGGGGAGCAGGAGGUUGAGGCGGCGGUGGCGGCCGCUAAGGAGGCCUUCCCCGGGUGGUCCGCGCGCAGCCCCGAGCAGCGCGCGCAGGUCCUCCGCAAGCUGGCCGACCUGAUGGAGGCCAACCUGGAGGAGUUGGCCCAGGCCGAGUCCAGAGACCAAGGUAAAACGGUAGCGUUGGCACGAACUCUCGACAUUCCCCGGUCAGUACACAACUUCCGCUUUUUCGCGUCGUCUGCGCUCCACCACACCACUGACUGCAGCCAGAUGGACCAUGUGGGCUGCCUGAGCUACACCGUCCGCUCCCCUGUGGGAGUAGCUGGUCUGAUCAGCCCGUGGAAUCUCCCUCUGUACCUCCUGACCUGGAAGAUUGCACCUGCAAUCGCCGCGGGCAACACAGUGGUGGCGAAACCCAGCGAGAUGACCUCCGUGACCGCGUGGAUGAUGUGCAAGUUGAUGCAGCAGGCCGGUGUUCCUCCAGGAGUCGUCAACAUCGUAUUUGGCACUGGGCCGAGAGCCGGCGACGCCCUCGUUGGCCACCCCGAAGUCCCAUUGAUCUCUUUUACUGGUUCCACGGCAACCGCCCAGCGCAUCACAGAGCGGAGCGCCCCGUACUGCAAGAAGCUCUCACUGGAGCUGGGCGGUAAAAACCCUGCCAUUGUUUUUGCUGAUGCAAACCUGGACCAGUGCAUCGAGACCACAGUUCGCUCCAGCUUUAGCAAUCAGGGAGAGAUCUGCCUGUGCACCAGCAGGAUUUAUGUGGAGAAGAGCAUUUACUCAGAGUUCCUGGAGAAGUUUGUGGCCGCGGCCAAGAAGUGGACGACGGGUGCGCCGUCUGACCCCAGCAGCAGCAACGGCGCUCUCAUCAGCAAAGAGCACCUCGAGAAGGUUCGACAAUUCGUAGCACUCGCCAAAUCCGAAGGCGGCACCGUCCACUGUGGCGAGGGGGUCGACCGCCUUGACCUCCCCGAGCGCCACGCCAACGGGUACUUUAUGCCGGCCACCGUCGUUUCAGGCCUGUCCGAAGGCUCCCGCGUCAUGCAGGAGGAGAUCUUCGGCCCGGUCACCUGCGUCGGCUCCUUCGACACAGAGGACGAGGCCGUUUCCAAGGGCAACGGCGUGCGUUACGGCCUGUCGGCCACCGUGUGGUCCCGGGACGUGGGGAAGGUUCACCGGGUGGCCAGGCGGCUGCAAGCGGGCCUGGUGUGGACCAACUGCUGGUUGGUGAGAGAUCUGAACCUGCCCUUUGGCGGGAUGAAGAGCUCCGGCGUGGGGAGGGAGGGCGGGAAGGAUUCCUACCACUUCUUCACGGAGGUGAAAACCAUCACGAUCAAACAAUGAGGAGCAGAAAUUUUUAGAUAAUAAUUUAUCUCUUUUGUCAACUAUUAGAAAUCUGUGACAAAUUUCUCUUCCCAUUCUGUCGGAUAUCCGGAGUCUAUAAAUAAGUCUCUUAAAUAUAAAACAAAAGUCAUCGUGGAAAAAUGCAGUUGGAUAAAUAAAUGUAAGGUUGUUCUAUAAACAUUGUGAAUAAAUGCCACUUGUGGUAGUUCAAUUGG